CUCACUUCGAAAGGCAUCAACAGACUUGGUCUCGAGUCGCACUGACCCCGGAACUUCACCAGUAUAUAACGACCGGCAUACCUGAACCGUCCAGCGUCUUUUGAUCCUCACGUCUCCCUGCCACCGACGCACGGCCCACCAAUUCUAUGACAAAGCCCAGGCCUGCACCUAAAGGGAAGAGCAAACGCAAGACAGAGUCCGAGGAAGAAGAGUACGAGACUUGCGAUAGUCUGGACGGCUUUAUCGAAGAGGAGUCUGCCUCUGAAGUUGGCGGGGACGAGUCGGACGGCUCCGAAGAGGGGCACGGCUUGGAGGACGGGGAGCGGAAAGCGACUGUGGACAUUUAUGCAGAAUUUGGAGUCGAAAGGGAUGCAAGCCAGGAUGUCAUAAAGAAAGCCUAUCGCAGACUGUGCUUGAAAUACCACCCGGACAAGCUCAGCCGCUCCUCCGAAGACGAACGCAUUGCAGCCACCCAGAAGUUCCAACAGAUUGUGUCGUGGUAUGAGGUGUUGUCAGAUCCCGCAAAACGCGAGCACUAUGACAGAACGGGCGAAUACGAGAUGGGCGAAGUCUUUGCGGGCAAAGGGGACGCUUCAUGGGAGGAGUAUUUCAGGCGAUUGUAUAGUCAAGUCACAGAGGAAAAGAUUUUGGAGUUCGAGAAGACUUACAAAGGAUCAGAAGACGAAAGAGCUGAUGUCCUCGCAGAGUAUGAGAAGCACAAAGGAGACGUGUACAAAAUUCUCGAUUGCGUACCUGUCGCUACGUUCGACGACUUUGACCGAUUCCGCGCCAUCAUUCAAUCCGCAAUCGAUGCUGGGGAUGCGAGGUCUUACAAAAUCUUCACGAUCGCCGACCCUAAAAGAUACGCAAGGGAAAAGAAGAAAGCAGAUGCGGAGGCAAAAGAGGCAGAGGAAGCAUUGCGUGAAAUCAGAGCUCGAAAAAGCAAGAAGGGCGGAAGCGCUAAGCAUUCUGGCCACUCUGCUGACGCCGACGCCCAUGUCAGCGAUCCCUUGAAAAUGAUUGCAGUCAACAGCAAAAAGCGCAUGGACUCGUUGUUGGAAAGCUUGCAGGCAAAGUACGCUCCCUCCAAAGGCAGCAAGAAAAAAGGAGUGAAAGAGGCUCCGUCGGAACUCUCAGACGCGGACUUUGAAGCCUUCCAGAAAAAGAUGUUUGCCAACAAAUCCAAAGGGAAUGGGAGUGGUGGUUCCCCGGCAGUGGACUCGCCAAAGAAGGGGAGGAAAGCUCGGGACGACGAGGAGGCACCACAAGGCAAACGGCGAAGGCGCAACUGAAGGCUCAUAGACGCAUCUCGAAACCCCUAUCUACAUGAUGGC